AGCACCCGAGCUUCACUUCGCCGACGAUCCCCACCUCGAUCGAGCUCUCGUUCGUUCGUUGGCGCGCACCCUUGAGCAGCCCGGUAUACUGUAUAGAUGGAUCUGCUGAGCCCCGAGCAGGUCUCCGAGUUCCGCGAGGCGUUCGCCUUCUUCGACAAGGACGGCGACGGGUGCAUCACGGUGGAGGAGCUGGCGACGGUGAUGGGGUCGCUGCAGGGGCAGCGCCCCGGCGCGGAGGAGCUCCGCGAGAUGAUCCGCGACGCCGACGCCGACGGCGACGGCGCCAUCGACUUCGCCGAGUUCCUCGGCCUCAUGGCGCGCAAGGCCGCCGCCGGCGGCGCGGGGGCCGGGGACGCCGCCGCCGACCCCGACGAGGAGCUGCGCGAGGCCUUCAAGGUCUUCGACAAGGACCAGAACGGCUACAUCUCCGCCGCCGAGCUGCGGCACGUGAUGAUCAACCUCGGCGAGAAGCUGACGGACGAGGAGGUGGAGCAGAUGAUCCGGGAGGCCGACCUCGACGGCGACGGCCAGGUCAACUACGACGAGUUCGUCAGGAUGAUGAUGCUCUCCGACGGCCACCACCAAUGACGAACCAGGCCAUGUAGCUAGCAGGCGAUCUAGCGAUUCGAUCUUUUGCAUCGAUCGAUCGAUCCCAGCCGGCCUCCAUUCUCUCCGUAGCUCCGAUCCGGUGUUAAUUUCUUCCACCGCACGAUUUCUCGCUACCUGUAACUGAUGAGUAAUCAACAAUUUAUUGAUGCGAUCAAUUCGUCGGAGGAUCGAUCGCGAUUGGUACAAA